UUUGAUUAAUUAGAAGUAGAGAAUGAAUAUUUUGCUCUCAUCUUUUAAUAAAAAAAUUAAUAUUCGGUGACGUAGAGUUUUAAUUUUUUCGAUUUUUCCGUUAAAGGCUACAGGUCCUUCGUGGGCUUUUAUCUCUUUGCGGAAGCAGCAGCAUGGGGAAAAACUGCGUUCCAUCUUAACGAACAAAAUAGAAAUUUACUGUCUCGUCGCUUUUGUCAGUCGCAUCUCAACGCUGUUUUACGCCAUCAGAGACAAAGUUUGAUUUACGUCGUGGUAAAAGCCGCUAUGUAAUUGUGGAUUGUAAGUUAUAGCUUUAGCCUAAUUGGCACUCUUGCCGCAGUUAUAUAUAGUCGCUUGGGUUCUAAAUAGAUUGUCUAGAAAAGUCCUGAGACUAAGAAGGGAGCAAAAUAAUAAUUGAAAAUACCUCAAUUUCUCAUUAUUUAAUGUUUUGAACAAGAAAGCAAAACAUAAGAUUAAAAACUAGCCUCGACAAAAAAAGGGUAAAAUUCAAAAUUCAAUUAGCAAAAUCUUGGUUCUUGCUGUAAGUUUUAGCUCAUCAUAGCUUUUAAUCUCCCAAAUAAAUAUUAAUAUAAUUAGACACAACGUGGAGGCCUAGGCAAUUUGCGUUGCAGGUGGUGAGAGCAAGCGCAUGCCUUACCUGCGCCGGCAGGCAACGCGAGCUGUGCCAUUCGACCUUCAGCAAUCGAGCGUGCGAGGCGUGUGUAGGUGAAUUAAGGUAAUUUUAGUGAAUAUUGUUUUAGCGUGAUUGUGAUUUGAAGAGAAUGUACCCAUUUGAUCUGUAACGGUGACAGUAAAAUUCAAUUAAAUCGACUUGUUAUUGUAAUAUUUUUAAUGUUUAUGCAUUCCUCUCUGUGAAUUAUUGAAAUUCAUUUUCAUUCUGACCUGUUGAAAUGUGUAUUGUUGAAUUCUGUACAGUUCAAAUUCUACAAUGCACGACGUCAUAAGAUAGAGGAAAAGAUCGGAGUUCUUUGUAUUACACCCUGUUACCCAACAACAUUUUUCGCGCCAAACGUGAGUAAAAGUGAGGAUACACCGCGUCGUCAGAGGGUCACGUGAUACAAACAUAUCUCCAGUGUCAGGUGCGUCAGGUGUCAGGCUUUCAGUGUCAGAUUAGCAGCUUUCAGUAUGCAUGCUCCACACUGCACCUCUCCAUAUUACUGCAGAUUUGAUUGCUAAUUGAAGCUCAAUUUUUUGUAUUAUGACUCAGGACGCAGAAAACAAAUGAGCCAGGGUGGUGUGCAACGGGUUUCAUACAAACCAAAAACGAGGCUUUCCCGGCUUUCCCUGGAAAUAAAUAAUGCUGCCUCAUAACUGAAGUUUUUGUAGAAACAAUGUCUUUUGAGGAGGAGCUCCUCAUGAAUGCACCCGUAGAUGGUAAAAAUACAAUCAAUGGAAAGUCAGGCGCGAUCGAUCCUAUACCAAAUUCUGCAGCACCAGUGGUGACGCAGGAUUGUUCUCAACCGAUGGUCCUCGACAGCAUCAUGCGGAACGGAUCAAGUGGAGAAAAGGAGACCAAGGAGGGCAAUGAACUUAAGAAGAGUCCAGACUUCAAGUGUAGCAAAUGUCCAAGGAAAUUCAAAACUAAUAUGAUGCGGGUGAUGCAUGAAAAACUACAUAAAAUGCAAUAUCAAAGGAUAGAGAAAAACAAGAAGCCAAAGAAAAAGGUGGAAAACACGCCUGCACCUGCUGCUAAGGCGUCUCUUCUCUUCAAAGACUCCAAUGCCUGCUUCGGCACUCCCGUUGCAAAGAGUAAGCAUCUGAACACUUCGGGGAAAAAACCAGCUGAAGAGUUAUUAUGUCGCAAAUGCUCCAAACCCUAUCUCAGUUCAAACAUACUGGAACUUUGUUACGAUUGUUGGAAGGAGGACACUUAUGCAAAAAUCGCUCAAUCCAGAAGUCCUCCAUCUAUCCCCGAAUCAAACAGCAGCACUGACAAAGCGGACAAAUGUGCAAUACUGAAAUCAAAAAAACCGGUAAAAUCCUACGAAAAGAGACCUCGCAAGCCCGAAGUGUCGAAAUUGAGGAAGGAGGAUGAACUUCCGUCUCUCAUUGACAAUACUCCCAAGGAGAGUCUUCCUGCGAAAGUGAGAACUGAGGAGCCUAGCCUUGAAAAUUCCCCAGCAAUCGAAACUACUUCUGAGUUGAGAUUUUCUUGUUCGUUUUGCCCUAGAAAAUUCGUUUUCCCGAACAUGCUGUCACAGCACAGUCGCCAAGAGCACCAACAAUUCCAUUUUUGCGAUUUUUGUUUGCUCAACUUGAAGAGUGACCAGCAGUUGGAAGUUCACAAGCUCGAGUGCGAGAGAACAAAACUGACUAAGCAGCAGAGACAGUGCAAACAGACUUUAUUUGAUUUUAGUUCCUUGUCGUGUAGACUGUGCAAUUUAGAAUUUGAAACCGAAUUGAAGCUGGUAGACCAUGCACUCGCCAAUCACGGAAAUCUCAGGGGAGGUGAGUGCUGCGGAAAGUAUUAUGCCUCGGAAGAACUAGUGAUGCACAAGAAGUUGAUUCACGGUGCGGUGUCUGAGGUGCAAUCCGCAAUAGAAAUGGAGUUAAGCGAAAAGUGCGAGGUUUUGAACGCGGCCGUGAAGAAGUUGCAAUAUGGUGAGAUCCCAUGCUCAUUUUGCUCCUACAGCGCGUACACCUGGUCAGCCCUAUCCGACCACCGGAAAAAAAUUCACAAAGUUUAAGCGUAAACGGGCGGCUCAUUACGUUGACGCUUGUUUUUGGUUUUGACUAAAUUUUGGAAUUUUAUAAUGACGGAAAUUGGGCAAUUAAUGUACAUUUUUCACAGCCUUAAAUACUCAUUUUUACACGUUCCUAGCACAUGUGUAUUUCUGGUAUUUCUGAUUAAAGAGAUGCGAAGAAAAUCUUAUAAAUAAAUUGACAGCACCGAUAAACGAGA